AUGGCCGGCAGCAAUGGCUCCCAGGGCCCCGUGGUCGUGGGUAUUGCCGUGGCGUUUGCUGUCUUGACAGCAAUCGUCUUGGCGCUUCGUCUAUUUUCUCGCAUUUAUGUCUUACAUAGAAUGGGUGCCGAUGACUAUCUUAUUAUUGGAGCUUGUCUAUUGUCAUGGGCAUUUAUCGCUGUCACCAUUAUUGCGGUCCAAAACGGGCUUGGAAAACAUGCCGCGGAUAUUGAUCCAUCCAAGAUGGUUACCUACGCAUUUGUGGUUUGGCUGAGCUCCAUGUUUUAUCUUGCCACCCUUGGAUUCAUCAAAACAUCGGUGCUAUGGUUCUACACCCGACUCGGAGAUCGCUACCUCACCCGUCUCUCUUGGAUCAUGAUGGGAGUGAUUGUGGCACAAGCUACCUCCUUUGUACUUGUUGCAGCAUUCCAAUGCCAGACCAUUAGCAAGGCUUGGACUGCCACUGGACCCGGAAAAUGUGUCGACAUCAACCUCUUCUAUCUUUGUAACGCCGCACUCAACAUCGUCACGGAUGUCUUGACAUACACCUUGCCAAUCAAGGUCAUCUUCAACCUCCAAGUCCCUCAAAAACAAAAAGUUGUUCUGGCAGUCAUUCUUUGCCUCGGUCUCUUUGCAUGCGUCUCUUCUAUCAUCCGAAUCACCUAUAUCCCCUCCAUGCUUUAUGGAACCGAUCCUACAUACGACAUCAGCGGUGCUAUGUACUGGUCGGUCAUUGAAACCAACGUCGGUAUCUUCGCCGCAUCUAUCCCGUCAUUCAAAGCGAUUGCCUCUCGCUUCCUGCCCCGUUUCAUUGGCGAAUACAGCAGUGGAAAGAAGUCCGCACCCUGGUCCGGAAACACCACCGCCAGGCGGUACGGAUCUGGCUUCAACAAAGUCACAGACCCCAACAACAUCACCUUGGCAACAAUCAACGACAAGGAUAUUACCAUGGGUACCAACAUUGGUGCGGCGAGCAACUCCAGCGAGGAGAGAAUCAUCCCCCACGGGAAAAUCUUCACUCAGACGGAGAUCGAAACUACCGUCGAGUCAAGUAAUGACUACGGAGGUUAUAACUCAUCUUUCGAGCGGGCUCGUCGAUGA